AUGCCACCUAGGCCAAGACCUCCUUACACCCCCAAGGAUGACCUUGCUUGGGAGAGAAGCGACGAAGCUGCUGAUGCGUGGGAAAUCUCUCUUCACAAGAGUGAAAUCUAUCGGGCGAUUGCUGGAUUGAUCUUGAAAUACCGCCCAGGCGACGCGGUAGAGCUACACCGACCAAUUCGAGGAGGUUAUAACGCUGUCUAUCGCCUCGAGUAUAAAAACGGAUCCUCGGCUGUGAUGAGAGUUCCCAUUAAAGUGAAGUUUCCUGAGGAAAAAGUAAAGUACGAGGUGACCACGAUGCGAUUCAUUGCGGCCAAUACGACCAUUCCCGUCCCUAAGAUCUACUUUGCAGGGACAGCUGAUGAGAAUCCGAUUGGGUUGGGGCCGUUCAUAAUCAUGGAGUAUGUUGAACACAAAUGCACCAUGUCUGAAGCUCUGAGAGAUCCAUCAUUGGGACCAGAUGAGCCCCAUGUAAUCGACCCCAAUAUUCCAGAUCAAAAGCUCAGAUUUCUAUAUCGUCAAAUGGCCGAUAUUCUACUCCAGCUCUCACAAUUCAAAUUUGACCAAAUCGGUUCGCUAGUUCAAGAUGAACAAGGCAAUUUCUCUGCUUCUGGACGACCUCUCAUACAAAACAUGAACUCCAUCAUCGAAUUCACUGAUGCUCCUCCGCAAUCACUUCCCUCAAAACCGUACUCCAACUCUGAAGACUGGUACAAAGCUCUUGCAGACAUGCAUCUUCUGCAAUACACUUUUCAACAUAACGAUGCGGUGAAGGAAAAUAAUGAUGAACAGAGCGUCUAUGACGCCUAUGUUGGGAGACAACUUUUCCGAAACCUUGCUACAGACGGACGGCUGACCACCGGGCUCGGACCCCAAGUGAGGAAGACUGAAGAUGUCCAGUACGAUUUUAGACUGUAUUCGGAAGAUCUACGUCCUUCAAACGUUCUCAUUGACGAGAAUCUUAAGGUCGUCGCAGUCUUGGAUUGGGAGUUUGCUUACUCGGCUCCAGCUCAAUUCUCGUUCGACCCUCCCUGGUGGCUGCUUCUAACCAGCCCAGAAUGCUGGGCAGGAGCAUAUGUUCCUUUCUCAAAGGCGUAUGAGCCAAAGCUUGAGACAUUCUUAAGUAUUUUGAGGGAAGAAGAAGAGGACGAAGGAGGGAAACGCCGUAGAUCACAACCAAGAGUCGCUGGAUGCCAUUCCGCUGGCGUCGUAGCAAGUCCAACUGAGGAGUCGCUGUCCUCUCGCAUGCGCAAGAGCUGGGAGACCAACACUUGGAUGAUCAACUACGCGGCCAGAAACAGUUGGAACUUCGAAUUUCUCUUCUGGCGGUUCUUGGACCCCGAAUUCUUCGGUCCUGGAAACGAGUCUGCCGACCAUCACGCGAGACUUUCACUUCUGAGCGAGCCACAACGGCGCAUGAUGCGAGAAUUUGUUGUGAUCAAAUUGGAAGAAUCAAACGUGCGCGAGUUAAUUGAUUGGGAUACACAUGAGGCAGAAACACAUCUUAAGAGAUUUUUGAUUUAG